AUGUCCCUAAAUAUUUUAGUUUUAGGAAACGGUGGAAGAGAGCACGCUAUUGUGUGGAAGUUGGCGCAGUCUCGAUCUGUAUCCAAGAUAUAUGUAGCGCCAGGUAAUGGUGGUACCGCUACUAUGUCUAAUGUUGUUAAUAUUCCUGAGCUGACUCCGGUUCCAGCUAAUUUUGAGAAGUUACAGCAGUUUGCUGUGAGUCAUGACAUCGAUCUGGUUGUUCCAGGUCCCGAACAACCACUAAUCGAUGGUGUCGCUACAGUCUUCCAGAAGGUUGGUAUUCCUGUGUUUGGUCCAAGUGCCAAGGCGGCCAUCAUGGAAGGCUCAAAGUCCUUUUCAAAGGAAUUUAUGAGAAGACAUAAUAUUCCAACAGCUACGUACCAAUCGUUCGACAAUUAUCAGACUGCUAAAGACUACGUGCUAGGUCUCGAGAAGAACGAACCCGAUUAUAAAUUUGUUAUCAAGGCUGAUGGUCUCGCAGCAGGGAAAGGUGUAGUAAUUCCUUCAUCCCACGAAGAAGCGGUUGAGACAUUGCAUAAGAUAAUGGUAGAUAAACAAUUCGGAGAUGCUGGUGAUUCAGUUAUUAUUGAGGAGUUCUUAGAAGGAGAUGAAGUUUCUCUCUUAACAAUUUCAGAUGGUUACUCAUAUUUCAGUUUACCACCAGCACAAGACCAUAAGCGUAUUGGUGAAAAUGACACUGGUUUAAAUACAGGUGGUAUGGGGGCUUAUGCACCAGCACCAAUUGCUACACCUCGUUUAUUGAGAGAUAUUGAAUCUAAUAUCAUUAAAGCUACUAUAGACGGUUUAAGAAAAGAUGGUUUGCCUUUUGUCGGUGUACUAUUUACCGGUAUAAUGGUUACGAAGGGUGGUGAAGCUAAAGUCCUUGAGUAUAAUGUCAGAUUUGGAGAUCCAGAAACUCAGAGUGUUCUCACAUUGUUAGAUGACGCUACUGACUUUGCACAGGUCAUGUUGGCUGCUGCUGAACAUAGACUGGAUUCGGUAAAUAUUGGAAUUAGAAAGAAUGCAUUUGCUACGACAGUCGUACUUGCAGCUGGCGGUUAUCCUGAAUCUUAUGAAAAAGGUAACGAAAUAAAGAUCGAUGCCUCAAUCUUACCAAAAGAUUCAUAUAUCUUCCAGGCAGGAACAGCAUUUGACAAGGCCAAGAAUACCUUGUUUACAUCUGGUGGUAGAGUAAUUGCAGCAACAGCUGUGGCCGAAACAUUAGAACAGUCUGUUCAGAAAGCUUACAUAGCAGUUGAAAGUAUAACCUUCAAAGAUAGCUACUAUAGAAAAGACAUUGCACAUCGUGCGUUCAAACAACAAGAUAUUAACGGCAAAUCAAUCACAUACGCUGACUCUGGUGUUUCUGUUGAUAAUGGGAACUUAUUAAUUCAAAAGAUAAAAAAUAAAGUGAAAUCUACAAGAAGAUCUGGUACAGAUUCGGAUAUUGGUGGAUUCGGUGGUAUUUUUGACUUAGAAGCUGCCGGCUACAAAACUUCAGAAACCCUACUAGUAGGUGCCACCGAUGGUGUUGGCACUAAAUUACUUAUUGCACAAGAGACCAAUAUUCAUGAUACUGUCGGUAUAGAUUUGGUUGCCAUGAAUGUCAAUGAUUUAGUUGUUCAAGGUGCAGAACCUCUGUUCUUUUUGGAUUAUUUUGCCACAGGUAGUCUAGAUACCCAAAUUGCCACAGACUUCAUUUCUGGUGUUGCUGACGGCUGUAUUGAAAGUGGUUGUGCAUUAAUAGGUGGUGAGACUUCGGAAAUGCCAGGUAUGUAUGGCCCAGGACAUUACGAUACAAAUGGUACUGCAGUAGGUGCUGUGCUGAAAAAUAAUAUCCUACCUAAGAUUGAAAAUAUGCAAGCCGGCGAUGUCUUACUUGGUCUAGCUUCCAAUGGUAUCCAUUCAAACGGUUAUUCUUUGGUCAGAAGGAUCAUAAAACAUGUUGAUUUAAGCUGGGAAGACAAAUGUCCGUGGGAGGAAAGUAUAACGGUAGGACAAGCCACAUUAGUUCCUACAAAGAUCUACGUAAAGCAAUUGCUUCCAUCAAUAAAAGAAAAAUUACUGCUAGGUUUAGCACACAUUACCGGUGGAGGUUUAGUGGAGAAUAUUCCACGUGCAUUGCCAGAACAAUUGCAGGCUCAGAUUGAUAUGACUACAUGGGAAGUUCCUCCUGUCUUCAAAUGGUUAAGCAAAGCAGGAAACGUGCCUGAUGAAGAUAUAUUAAGAACAUUCAACAUGGGUAUAGGUAUGGUCUUGAUUAUCAAGAAACAGAACGUCGCCAGAGUCAAAGAAUUGCUAAGAGAAGCCAAAGAAACUGUCUACGAAAUCGGUCACUUGGCAGCAAAGCAACAUGCCAAGGAGCCUGGUUGUAUAGUACAGAACGUAGAGAACUGGAUCAACAGAAAUUAA